UUUUAAAAUAAUCAUUUCCCUUCUCUUCUAGUUAUAUUGACCCUUCUUCUUUGCUUACAGCUUUGGAAAGAAAAAUAUCAAUGAGGCAAAGCAGGGAGGAGCUUAUAAAACGAGGAGUGCUGAAAGAAAUUUUUGAUAAAGAUGGGGAACUUUCCAUACCAAAUGAAGAAGGAGCUUUGGAGAAUGGGCAGCCUCUGGGCUCCGGGCAAGUGCUGAGCUCCAGCCAGGUAUCCCUGCCAGCCCUAGCAGAACUGGAGUCAGGUCCAGCAUCUGGGGAACCCUGCUCAUACGAGGUGCUCCCAACCACAGAGAUCAUGGAUGGGACAGUGUCUGAAGAGAGCCCCACAUCCAAUGAAUCCGGCGUCCUCCUGUCCCAAGAUCCUACAGCUAAGCCAGUCCUGCUACUUCCCCCCAAAAAAUCUGCCGCUUUCCCUGGAGACCAUGAGGACACCCCAGUGAAACAGUUGUCCCUCCUCAAACAGCCCCCUGCCCUGCCUCCUAAACCUAUUGCCAGGAUUGCCAGCCACUUAACUGAUCCUGGCGCUCCUGUGAAACUGCCUUGUAUGCCAGUUAAACUGUCACCUCCACUACCUCCAAAGAAAGUCAUGAUUUGCAUGCCUUUAGGGGGGCCAGACCUCUCUCUCUCAUCCUAUUCCACGCAGAAGAGCUCCCAGCAGCCUUUGACCCAGCACCAUCACACUGUCCUGCCAUCCCAGUUAGCAGCUCACCAGCACCAGCUCCAGUACGGCAGCCACAGCCAGCACCUGCCUUCUGGGUCCAGCACAUUGCCUAUUCACCCUUCAGGGUGCCGGAUGAUAGAGGAACUGAACAAAACGCUAGCCAUGACCAUGCAAAGGCUAGAAAGCUCUGGUUUACACACAGGUGACACUGUUACAAAAACAGGACCUGGGGGCCUUCCAGACAUGAGACAAGUGCCAACUGUUGUGAUCGAAUGCGAUGACAAUAAAGAAAAUGUGCCUCAUGAAACCGACUAUGAAGAUUCUUCCUGCCUCUACACAAGACAGGAAGAAGAGGAAGAGGAAGAUGAAGAUGAGGAUAACUCAUUAUUUACAAGCUCCCUGGCAAUGAAAGUCUGCAGGAAGGACUCUUUAGCUAUCAAACUAAGCAACAGGCCUUCCAAGCGAGAGCUGGAGGAAAAGAACAUCCUCCCCAUGCAGACUGAUGAAGAGAGGCUCGAACUUAGGCAGCAGAUUGGGACAAAGUUAACAAGACGACUGAGCCAGAGGCCGACUGCUGAAGAAUUGGAGCAGAGGAACAUACUGAAACCCCGGAAUGAGCAAGAGGAGCAGGAGGAAAAACGAGAGAUAAAGAGAAGAUUAACACGUAAGCUGAGUCAAAGGCCCACGGUAGAAGAGCUACGUGAGAGGAAGAUCCUCAUCCGCUUCAGUGACUACGUGGAAGUGGCAGACGCACAGGACUACGACAGGAGGGCGGACAAACCCUGGACACGACUCACAGCUGCUGACAAAGCAGCCAUUCGAAAAGAGCUUAAUGAAUUUAAAAGCACUGAAAUGGAAGUUCAUGAAUUAAGUAGGCAUCUAACAAGGUUUCAUAGACCGUAGCAGUUCAAUUCUACCUGACUACUAUGCCGUCUUCAAAACAUAACUAAAAGGAACCAUAAGUGCUGGUAUUAUUCACUUCCCUGUUACGUACAAUGUAAAUCUUCUGAACUGCCUUUUUUAAAAAAAA